AUUAUUCACUCAUGAGUCACUGUUUUUACCUGCCAGUGAAGAACCGGAACGAUACAGUUUGAGUGGGUUCUACUUACAUUUUUAAGAGAUAAAUAUUGAAAAGAUACUAAUCCAAACGCAUUUGCACUUGUGAUGAGGUGAGUGACCAUGGCGCAGCACUAUGAUGGUCUGUCCCACUGUAAGCUGGCCCUGGUGUUUGCCAUAUUGAUGGACCUGCUAGGUGUCUCUGCUCUUCUGGUGGGGGUUUUCGCCCCAUUAGAGAUUAAGGGACAGGACUUUGGGGACCUGUUGGUGUACUCUGGGGCUCUACUGAUGCUCAUGUCCCUGGGAGGAUGGGUCAUGUGGUACAGCGGGAACCUUGAGGGCCUGACCUCCAGGAAGGAGCUAGGGGGAACCAUGGGUGCCAUGGACCGGCUGGCCCGCUCCCUCAGCCGCAGGAUACGACUCCCCAGGAGCCACAGCAGCCCCUCAUGAUGCUUCAUGGUCAGGCGUAGGAGAAGGGCGUGGUUGUAGGGGAGGAUCCUCAGUGUCUCCAUUAGACUAUUGGCCCCUGACAGUGAAACUGCCUGGGGGUCUGGGAGCAGUAUUGUUGGCAUUGAGGGAGUGCUAUUAAAUGAACCAGGCUAUGGUCCGUGAUGUGAACAGGCAAAAGCGGGGUUGGGAGGAGCACCCUUCUCAAACCAAACAGUAAUCUGCGCCGCUCGGUCAUGUUAUCAUCAAGGCAGCAUAUGUUCACAUUUUCAAACUAGUUUUCAAUAGGAAGGCAGAUAAUGAUUGCUUUUUAUAAAAAUUAUUUUUGGUAUGUGUAAACGCAGAAUCCUAUUCAUUACUACCCACACGAUUAACCUGUCACCUUUUUUUUUGGAGCUGACGGGGAGGAUGCCCGGUUCCAAAACGAAUGUAAUCAACGCCAACCCAUUUCACCCGGGACAGGAAUAAGAUUCCGCUUUUAAGAUAUUUUUUUAUAGAACUCCCUCAUUCUUUAACCCAAGUUCCACCGCCUCCAGUGGAAGAGACUUACAUACUGCUAGUUCACUAGUGUCAAUUACAAGAUGAAAAAAACUGUUGGUCAUUGCAUUUUAUUGUGACUUGACCUUUGCUGAAACACCUCCGGUAGAUAACAGAAUUGUACACUGUCUGAAUAGGAUUUUAAACGAUCAAGCAUGGAGGUUAUUCAUAGUUCACUUGGUUGGUUUGUUUCGGCUUGAAUCUGUACAGAAUUGGUCUUUAUAUUCAUAAUAAUUAAUGUGUUGUGGUUCUUUGAAUCGUAAUAGGGUUUUUGUAUUAAAUUAUACAAUUGUAUUAAAACUAUAAAAGAACCUACCAUAGGGCAUUUGUGAAGAUUUGGGGUGU